CCAUUAUUCUUGAGGUUUCAUUUCCGUCAUCACAUCUACGACAUCUUUCUACGCAGAGCAAGACAAGAAGAGUAAGUAGGCACACGGAACCGCGCUUGCAACACGAGGUGUCAGUCGCCCUGCCCUCUCUCUACCGCUCGUGCUGCAUUACAAGGAGGCUCCGCCCUCCGCACUACUUACCCUACAUGUAGUUCUUGACUUACACCGCACCGUUAGACGCGACAACCAUCAAGCAGUCUCAAAAUGGCGAAUAACAUGACCUAUCUCAUUACGGGGGCGAACAGAGGCAUCGGAAGGCAACUGACGACCAACCUUUUGCUCCGCCCGCGCACAACUGUCGUUGCAACCGUUCGCAACCCGGCCGACGAAACCUCGCAAUCGCUGCUGUCCCUCCCCAGGGCCGACUCCAGCGCGCUCAUUGUCUUGCCCCUCAAUGACGCUGACCCGUCCAUCGACAGCACGUCACUCGCAGCUCGGCUGGCCGUUGCCUCUGAAAAGGAGCAGAUGUCGCUGUCUGUCAAGCACAUCGACGUCGUCGUCGCGAAUGCUGGCGCGGCAGCCGAGUUCCAGUGCGUGCUCGACACGAGCCCCGAAGCUGCGAGAUCCUGCUUCGAGGUCAACGCAAUUGGGCCUCUGAAGCUGUUCCAGGCGUGCUGGCCGCUUCUCGCCAGGAGCGCACGCGAGGGCGGCAGCAAGUUUGUGCUCAUCUCGAGCUCGGCGGGCAGCAUCGCGGGCAUCGGGAUGGAGUUGCCCCCCAUCGUAGCCUAUGGGAUGAGCAAGUCGGCGGCCAACUGGCUGGCCAAGAAGAUAAGCGUCGAGUUCCAGGACCAAGGGCUCAAUGUCGGCGUAAUUCAACCAGGAUGGGUCAAGACAGACAUGGGCCAGCGCAGUGCAGAGGCAGUGGGCUUCAAGGAGCCGCCCAUGACGGUCGAGGACAGCGCCAGGCAUGUUCUCGAGCAGAUUGACAACUUGUCCAAAGAGACGACGCACGGCAAGUUCAUCAACUUCGAUGGCCAGGUGCUACCGUGGUGAUGCAGGGGGACAGAUUGUGAUAGUGGCAGUGCAUGUGCAUGUGUGUGUACGUAUAUGCGUGGUGACACGACGGGAUAUCUGGCUACUAAUGUCAGGCCCAGGUCGUCUGAGUCAGUCUUUGCGGGUACCGAGAGCACAGUCUCAUCCAAGUACAGCCGUG